UAAGCUCAGCUGUUCAAUUGAAAAUGCUAGUUGCCGAUAAUUUAUAGUGAGUGAAUUUCAAUAAUUUGUUCAAUAGUCAAUAUUGUAAAAAGUUUUAGUAUUUAUCAAUUGAAAACAUACAUUUUGCGUCUUCCCAAUCAUUUAAUUCAUCCGGUUCACAUAGAAUAAUUUUCUAUCAUGAGUAACUGCUGAGUUUCAUUCUAGCAUCGGUCUAGAAUUUGAUGCUUUCCAUCUAAAUUUACCCCUAUAUGUUUGUUUAGGUAUGAAAAAAUCUUAAUCAAGAUUUUGUUUGUUGAUUUAUCAUCUUGCAUGCGCUAUAACUAUCUACAAAUCCUCUUCCUAUCAAAUUUUACCAUUCAUCUGUUCCCCUGUCGUAAUCUAUGAUUUCAUGUUUGUGCUUGGUUUCUUUUCAUUGAUUUAUUUUACAUUCAAGCUUUAUUCUAAGGUUUUUUCUUUUGGGGGUAAAUUGGUUGUUGGUUGUCAUGCCCCGUGGCAAGCGUAGGUCGACUGCUGACAUGGGUCCAGAUGACGAAGACCGCUACCACAGCAAACGUCUUCGCAACACAUCAUCCAGUACACGUAGAUAUACAAAAUCAGAGGACACUUCCUCGUUCAGUCAAAAGAGAUGUCUAACAUGGUUCAGGGAAUACACGUCACCUGACGAACCAGAACUUUUAGGUCCUGAUGGAAUGGAGAAAUUCUGCGAAGACAUAGGAGUGGAACCUGAGAAUGUAGUCAUGCUGGUGUUGGCCUGGAAAAUGAACGCGAGACAAAUGGGCUUCUUCACACAGCAGGAAUGGCUGAAAGGACUCACAGAUCUACAAUGUGACACGAUUCAAAAAAUACAAAGCAAAUUAGAUUUCUUGAGAUCAUUAUUAAAUGACCCUAGCUCAUUCAAAAGUAUAUACAGAUACGCUUACGACUUUGCCAGGGACAAGGACCAACGGAGCAUGGAGAUGGACACAGCUAAGGCGAUGCUUCAGCUGCUGCUAGGGAAGCACUGGUCACUGUUUGCCCAAUUCAACCUCUUCCUGGAGGACAGCAAAUACAAGGUUAUCAACAAGGACCAAUGGGCCAACAUACUCGAGUUCAGUCGCACCAUACACCACGACCUGGCCAAUUAUGACGUGGAUGGCGCAUGGCCAGUAAUGCUAGACGAAUUUGUAGAAUGGUUAAAGGCAUCAACAAAUAACGAAAUUCGAAGGAGCUAACGAGCGGCGCAUAAAUACAGCACACUCCUGAGCGGAGCUAACCUCAGCUGGUGUUCGCAUAAAUACAGCACAUUUAUGAGCGGAACCAGCCCAAUGUCAUAAAUCUAUGGUAACAAUUGAAUAAAUAGUUUAUUUCUUUCAAACUUAUGAUGCUGUUUCAGUUUACAUAAUAGAGGGGGAUAGUAUGAUUUCGAUAGUAUUUUAAUAAUUCAUAAAGUUUAACAGUUUUAUUAUUACAUUUGAAUUGUAUGUUGAAUUUUACAGUUUCAUCCACUGUAUCUCGGAAAAACAGUCUGUUAUCUAAAUUUCAGAACUCCAAAACUGUAUUUUAAACUCUGAAAAAACUCCAAAACUCACCUCCUAUGGAUGAAAGACAUUCUUGAUGUCAAAAUUCCAAAAAUGUAAGUAUUUUUUACGUAAAAAAUACGUUUUAAAUUGGAAUACUGGAUGAAACAAUAUGUUUUUUGAGAAUAUCAUAAUAUUGAAACAAGAAUUUUAUACCUACUGAAAACUUGAAAAUUAGAAGAUCUGCAUUGUCGAUAUUGCUGUUAGAAAUUUAUCAUGAAUAUGUAUCCAAUUCAGAAAUAUAUCUGAGAAAUAUAUUUCAGAAAAUAUUCAAUUAAGAAAAUAUUCAAAAUAAAUAAUUCAGAAAUAUAUCCAAUUUAUCUGAGUGAAACAAGAAUUUCAUACAGCUUUGCCUACUAGAAAAAAAAGAAAUUAUGCAAUUUUUUUCUUGUCGACGUAGAACAACUUCAAAAUGCUUGAAUAUUUUUCGUCAUAUUAAUGAAAUUCAUAUCUAUUUUGGAAUUGUGUACUUCCAAACCUUCAUAAGUGUUUCAUUAAAAUUUAAUGCCAGUUAAGUCCAUUAUCUGAGAUGUUAGGUUUCUUAUGUGUUUCUAGUGUGUUACAUUAUUUAGUGUUCGAAUAUCAUUAUUAAUUUAUCCAUUGGAUAAAUAAUUACAACAUAGGGUUUUAAUUCUACAUUUAAAAGUUUUGUUCCAUAGAUUCAUUAUAACGCAGCAGUAUAGAUUCUCAUCACAAUACUUUUGUUAAUCAUUUCAUCAUUGCGUUGCAAUAUUAUGGUCACUUUUUUUUAAAUCUUCAAAAAUUCAAUUAUGUUUUCAAAAAGUUUUCUUUAAAUGCUCAUCAUUUUAUUUCUUUCGUUUUGAAUUAUUUUGACGACACUACAGUCUAGACUAAUCAAAAUAAUUCAAAACCAAUUAUUAACUUGCAGAUCGUCAGAGAUAGUGAAAUAGAUGAGUAUUUUAUUCAAGUUUUCAUCUGAGCUUGGUUACAUUAAUUUAUUAAUAUUAAUCAGAGAAUUAGUCAAUUAAUUGAUAACUGAUCAUUAUUGAUUGAAAAAUCAACCUGUAAGUUAAUAUUGAUUUGUAAAGUAUGAAUAUUGAUAAAUCCUGAUUUCUCGAACUCCAGCGUGACAUGCUAGGUUACUCUGUAUUGUAUUAAUAAAUUUUAUAAAAAAUCUGUAUUUAUAAAUUUUAUAAAAAAAAUGCAAACUCAUAAUCCUUUAUAUUAUGUUGAAUUAUAUUUAGUCAUAUCUUUGCUAAGUUCUGAAUUUAGGUUAUUUGCUCCUAAACACUGCUAAAUAUCGUGAAUUCUUGUAGGUAUUCUGAAUUGAAUUAUUAUUUUCGUACAACACUGUA